AUGACAGCACAUCUCAAGAAACUCAAAGGAAAACACUGUCAAAGACAGGGAGUUCCAAUGAAUUCACUCGGGUUUCUCUUUGAAGGUCAGAGAAUUGCUGAUAAUCAGACCCCAAAAGGACUGGGGAUGGAGGAAGGAUAUGUGAUUGAAGUUUAUCAAACAAUAGGGGGUCACUAG